GGAAAGCAAGCACUAAUAUGGUUGUUAGGAGUUUAUGGAGACCAGAUUCCUAAUGCCCCAUAUGUGCUGGAAGACAUUAUUGACAACCUGAAAACAGAAGCAACUCCUCUUGUCAAGCUGGAACUACUGACCGCCACUAUGCGCUUGUUUCUAGUUCGCCCAGCUGAGACACAGGAUAUGGUUGGCCGGCUCUUACACUAUUGCAUAGAAGAAGAAAGUCAUAUGGCAGUGAGAGAUCGCAGUCUCUUCUAUUACCGUCUUCUGCAGUGUGGUGCAGAUGAGACUCGUAAAGUGCUUGGAAGUAUUAAAUCAGAUCCUUUUUUGGGAGGAAUAGUGAGCCAGCAGCAGGAGCCAAUUAAUAACUGGGCAUCAGACUUUAACUCGCUUGUCCCAAUCUAUGGAAAAAAUCAAUGGGAAGCUAUUAAUUCUGCCAGAGGGACAAUGUCUUUGAGUACAGAAAGGCAAGAAGAAGUACAACCAG